UUGCUUUCUUUGACAGAAGCAACUUUGGAUGCAGUGAUGGAGAAGUUCUCUCUCAUACUUUGAUGCCAGUUGUAGUGCUUUACUUUUUGUUAGGAAGAGUUGGUUGCAAAUCUCUGGUGCAGCAAGAAGAGAUGGGAAGUUUGAUGCAGGCUUGUGAAAUAAUGUGACUGCUGUGUCUAACCUGUGCUAACACUGGAUACACAUUUUUCAUCUCAAACCUGAAUAUAACUGGAUGUCUGCUUGUUACCUUUACUACAAGAAAUCACAGUGCAUUCAGUAAAAGAAGGCAUUUUGGAAGAGGAAGUUGAAAGCUGAGGGGAAAGGAAGACCCAACCUGUAAUAAAGCCUGAUGUUCCUGCUGUGAUGGCUUUGUCGGUAGACUCAGCUUUGUACCGUUGGCAGCGACUCGGAGCCAAAAGUGCCCCCCAGACUGUGUCAGAAUCAACACCUCUGCUGUUUUCUGUCAGAGACAGACUGAAACUCAACUUAAACAAGUGGAGGAUUGUGUUUUCCAACAAUGGGAGACAGCAGAGAGGCUGGGACCAAGCUUCUAGGUUUUAUUCUGGAAACAGGAUACAGACUACAAAAUACACAUGGCUUACUUUUUUGCCCAAAAAUCUUUUUAAGCAGUUUCACAGGCUAGCUAAUCUUUAUUUCCUCUUCCUGGUGGUUCUAAACUGGUUCCCACAAAUGGAAGUCUUCCACAGGGAGAUUACUAUGAUUCCUCUGAUCGUGGUGCUGCUUGCCAGUAUGAUUAAGGAUGCUAUUGAAGACUAUAAAAAAUACCAAUUUGAUAAGAAGAUAAACUCCUCUAAAAGCAGGGUAUAUGAUAAGAAAGACCAUGCCUAUGUUGAGAAGUGCUGGAAAGAUGUCCGAGUGGGAGAUUUUGUGCAGCUGCAGUGUAACGAGACCAUCCCAGCUGAUAUCCUCUUGCUGUACUCCUCUGAUCAGAAUGGGAUCUGCCACUUGGAAACCGCCAACCUUGAUGGAGAGACCAACCUUAAGCAACGACGAGUUGUGAUGGGGUUCUCCAGCCAGAAUACUUCAUUUGAACCAGAAUUUUUCCAAAAUACCAUCAUCUGUGAAAUGCCUAAUAAUGAUCUCAAUAAAUUCAAAGGGUACAUGGAACAGCCAAAUCAUGAACGGAUUGGUUUUAACAUUGAAAGCCUUCUGCUUCGUGGAUGUACAAUCAGAAACACUGAAGUUGCAAUAGGAAUUGUUAUAUAUGCAGGUCAUGAAACCAAGGCCAUGCUGAAUAACAAUGGUCCUCGCUACAAGCGCAGCAAGAUAGAGCGACGGAUGAAUGUGGAUAUUUUCUUGUGUGUGGGACUCCUGUUCACAAUGUGUCUUGUUGGCUCUAUAGGGCAUGGCAUUUGGUCUGGAAGUUUCCCAGAACACCCACCUUAUGAUGUCCCAGAUGAGAAUGGCAAUUUUCUGUCUCCGAUUCUUUCUGGCUUCUACAUGUUCUUGACUAUGAUAAUCUUGUUGCAGGUUUUGAUCCCCAUUUCUCUUUAUGUGUCCAUUGAGUUAGUCAAGUUGGGCCAAGUCUUCUUAAUUCACAAUGACAUUGACCUGUAUGAUGAAGAAGCAGAUUUGCCCAUACAGUGCCGAGCCCUAAAUAUUACUGAAGAUCUUGGGCAAAUCCAGUAUAUUUUCUCAGACAAAACUGGAACACUAACAGAAAACAAAAUGGUAUUCCGACGCUGUACUGUGGAUGGACAUGAGUUUUCGCAUCAGGAAAAUGCCUCCCGAGCCUUCUGGCUGGGUCAGUGGUUUUGUAUCCUUUUUGUGAGGGACUCCCGUUAUGGAGACUCCUGA